CCCUUUCGCAAUCUUUGAAGCGCAGUGUUUUGAGAAGGUACAGUAAACAAUCGAAGAGAGACGAAAUCAAAGCGGAAAGAAGAACAAAGAAAAAGAUACAGAAAAUCUGAAAAUGGCAAUGGCAGCGCGUUUGAGAUCGGGCCUUCCCCUCCUCCGCCGAGCUCUGAAGGUCGGCGAUCUCUCCGCCGCUGAGAGAUCCGUCGCUCCGUCAGCUGUCCUCUGCCCCGCUAUCUCCAACACCGAGUCCGCAAGGAGGUUUGCAAGUGGUCCUCCCGCGAAAGAGCAGAAAGUCAAGGUUCCUUUAACAAUGUUUGGAGUUUCUGGAAACUAUGCUUCGGCUUUGUACAUCGCAGCAGUUAAAGCUAAUGUGCUGGACAAGGUUGAAUCUGAGCUUCUUAGCCUGGUUGAGGCUUCAAAGAAAAGCCCUACAUUUUCUCAAUUCAUGAAGGAUCUAUCAGUUACUGCAGAUACAAGGCUCAAGGCUAUAAAUGAUAUUUGUGCUCAAGCUAAAUUUUCGGAAGUAACAAAGAACUUCUUGGCUGUUGUUGCUGAAUCUGGGAGACUGGGGCACAUAGAACGUAUAGCACAGAGAUUCUCUGAGCUGACUAUGGCACAUCGAGGAGAAGUUAAAGCAACAGUAACUUCUGUCAUUCCUCUACCUCCAGAAGAGGAGAGAGAAUUGAAAGAAACACUGCAGGAGAUUCUUGGAAAAGGCAAGAAAGUUAAGGUUGAACAGAAGAUCGAUCCCAGUAUUCUUGGUGGGCUUGUGGUGGAAUUUGGACAGAAAGUUUUCGACAUGUCUAUAAAGACUAGGGCUGCCCAGAUGGAGCGGUUCCUACGCCAACCUAUCAACUUGGAUGGCCAGUAAAUUGGUCCUACACGAUACUCCACUUUUCCCGGUUAUUUCCCAUCGUUCUCAUCUUCGGUAUCAACCUUUGAUGGGCUGCUCAGGGACGCCUGUUCUUUUACUAUGUUACCCUGCUGCAUGCAAAUAAAAGCUACUCUCCUUUGCUCUUAUCAGUCGUGAAUUGCUCAGACUCCAGAUAAAUUUCUCGUAUCAUUGAAUGAGGAAUACAUCUAUACUUAUUCUGAAAUCACAAGUUCCUCCACUGUGCGUUUGUUUGAAAGCAA